UGUGGGUUUGUUAGUGUUACCACUUCAAUUAUCAGUAGUAUUUAAGUAUUUUUUUUCUGCUGCUCUCUUUGACUGAAAGUUGACUUUAACUCAGAUAGAUUCAAAGUCUUACAGAUCUUGUAAAAGUUCACUGUACUAACCACGCGAGGGAAGGGAAGCACAUGACAAGACUCCCAUCGGGGUUUAGUAAACUGGGCUGUUUCAUGCCAGCAAGAGGAGUGGUCUGAUCCGAACUGAUUCUUUUGAUCAGUCAUGGCUGGAAAUAUAAAGGAUAAGGAAGCCUUCCAGAGACUGAACUUCCUGUACCAGGCUGCACAUUGUGUUUUGGCACAAAACCCAGAGAACGUGGAGUUAUCGCGAUUUUAUUGCUCCACGCAGAAGACGAUCGCCAAACGUCUGGUGCUGAGACAAGACCCAUCAGUGAAGAGAACCGUGUGUAAGAGAUGCUGCACACUGCUGGUUCCAGGAGUAACAGCCACUGUAAGACAAAAGAGACACAAAAGAGAGUGUGUGACUGUUGUGAGAUGUCUGAGCUGUGGGUUGACCAAAAAGUUUCCAAACAAUCCAAAACACCAUCUGUGGGUGGACCAACCUGAGGCUCAGCUGGAGAACCAACAUCAGUCUGAACAAGGUCCUUCAUCCAAAACCCUGUCACAGGGUGACAAAGCGCAAAGCGUUGCUCCUUCUACCCAGACUGUUCCCUCUGACUCCUCAACAACGCCGAAAUCUUGAGGAUUUACAGCCAAACCCAGACUACAUUCAUGCUUACGCUGUGAAGUUGUCGAGAUAAAAGGGCUCAGUUCAAGAAGGAACUGAAGUUGUGACUUGGCUUCAUGUUUCUGCCAAAGCUAAUACACCUUUGUUAACAUGUGGGCGUGAUUCAAAAGAACGUGAGAUGAAAUAAUCAGUUCCAGAUGUGAUGUAACAUCAUCACCUCGGCAGGGUGUUUUGAAGCGUGUUACUGAGUGAAGUCUGUUGUCUCAAAUGUUUUCAUUGGAAUAACUCUUGUAUCACUGGCCUUUCAUCGCCGAGCUGUCUUUUGACUAAGCCUUUAAAUUUCUCAGAACUAUUAGAUUGUACGCACAAAGGCAAACUGUCCCCAGGGGAUGUAAAUAUUUUGAAAUAGAUUCAUUUUUAGGAUUUUUUUUUUAAAUCGUAACUACUUUAAUUUAUUUAAUUUGAAAGACAUUCAUGUGAGACUGAUAUAUGGAAAUUAUUGGACUCAGCCUUAACAGUGCCCUUUUCAAACUCCACAGGCUCCAGUGGUUCCUGUCAUUUUUUUUUUAAAUGAAUAGUUUCUUCUGAUGUUCGUACUGUCCAUUGUAGAAAUGAAGUGUACUAGACUCUGUGUCAGAACAAGGCUGAA